AUGGAGAACUAUUGCCCCGAUUGUCGAGCGUCCUCCAUCUCAGUGCCUGGAAAGUGUGCUAUAGGUUCUAAUGUAUUAUUAUUAUCUUGUUUGGGUGGACAGUGUGGUGAGCGAAGUUUUGUGGCCCAUGUUGAUGAUCGGAUAAGUCAGUUGCCCGACGACAUUCUUGUCGAUAUACUAUCUGUCUCGCCUGACGAGGUACUCAAAAUUGAGAGACGCAAGUACGUGAAAUGGGUGAACUCCGUUCUCCGGUCGCACAAAUCGACCGUCUUAAAAGAAUUCAGAAUCCAUUUCCCUUUGAACACGUCAGGUAGAAAGAAAAUCACUCGGUGGCUCGAAUUUGCACUUUCCAGACAAGUUCAGAAGUUAGAGUUGGACAUUCAUAAUUAUCACGAUCCGUGCAAAGAGUAUCUUUUCCCCGACGGGUUUCUUAUCCCAAGCAGUUGCAGAGAUAACAACCCUUGUAUGCUUGUCGACUUUAAGUCCCUCAGAUCUUUGUCUCUCAAAAGUGUCAGUGUGAGCGAUGGAGAUAUCAACUUCUUUCUGGAUAACUGCCCGCUGCUCGAACAAUUGAUUGUCCACGAAUCGGAAAAAGUAUCAAAUCUCGAAAUAUGUGGUUCAUCCCUCAAGUUAAAACACCUGGAGAUAGUCCUUUGCUCGAAAUUGGAAUCCCUUAAAGUUUCCGUGCCAGGUCUUACGUCACUUACGGUUACGAGUUUGGACGGACUUUUAAUCGAGAAUGUUCCGAUGCUAGUUGACGUAUCUGUAAGGUGCGGGCGACGACUGUGCUCCGAUACGACGUUUAUUUGA